CCCUCCCCCCGACGCCGCCCGAGAGCGGGACGCGGCGGCGAUGGUGACUGGGCAGCGGCGCGGGGCCGGGUCCUGGGCAGGGAGCCUCGGCGGCCUCUUUCUUUCUCUGCCCCCGCCCCUCUUUCCCCUUCCUGCGUGCUAGCCCCGGCAGCGGCCGAGGUCGGCGCUCUCUCCUCGCCUCCUCUUCCUCCUCCUCCUCCUCCCCUGCCCGGGGACCCUCUCCCCUCCCUCAAUCGCCCCCUCCUCUCGCCGCCUCCUCUCCUCUCCCCACCCCUCCCUCCUCCUCCUUCCCCGAGUGGCCGGCCGGGCCAGAGAAAGAGAGACCGAGAGAGAGAGAGACAGAGGUGGCUGCGAGGAGGCGUAACGGUAAACUGGGAAGCAGACUCUUGAGUUCACAGCUGGCCUGUGGUUUUGCACCUCAUCAAGGAGCUCCUCCUCGUACAGGUGGCAUUUUUCUGAAGUUGUUCAUUGAGACGUCCCAGCAUUCCUGCAGAUAUAAUAGGUUCUCUACCGUACUCCGUGCCUUCAGUUGCUGCCCAGAGGCCGGACCUCCCCAGACCAAACCUCUUCUCCAGUCUGCAGACCCGUGUAGCCGUCUGCCUGUUGGGGGUUUCCGCCCGGUGUCCCACUGGCACAUGUAAUGCAGCGUGCCCUCCAGUGAACCUGUCCCCUUUCCCUGGCUGGCCCUGUGGCCUGGAUUCUAUCUGCUGGUGAGGCUUGCGGCCGCGCGGAGCUGCGACAUGGCAGCAUGACAGCCCCGGAGAGCGCUGCCCCACGACGCCGCCGGGACGAGGGAGCCCCCGAGCAGCGGCCACUGCCGGCCCGGAGCGCCUGAGCCUCCUUCCCGCGCCUUCCCCACCGCCCGCCGGGCUCGCCUGUACAGUUCACCCCGUGGCCUCCCGACUCCUGACGCCUCGAACAUCAAUAUGUGUCAUGUCAUUGUCACCUGUCGCUCGAUGCUCUGGACCCUCCUGAGUAUUGUGGUGGCGUUUGCCGAGCUCAUUGCCUUCAUGAGCGCAGACUGGCUGAUUGGAAAAGCCAAGCCCCGCGGCAGCGCCGAGCCCGGCGAGCAGGGCGGAGGCUCCCCAGAGCCCCACCACCCCACGCUGGGCAUCUACGCCCGCUGCAUCCGGAACCCCGGCGUGCAGCACUUCCAGCGGGAGACGCUGUGCGGGCCCUACGCCGAGACCUUCGGAGAGAUCGCCAGCGGCUUCUGGCAGGCCACCGCUAUUUUCUUAGCCGUGGGCAUCUUCAUUCUCUGCAUGGUGGCCCUGGUGUCUGUCUUCACCAUGUGUGUGCAGAGCAUCAUGAAGAAAAGUAUUUUCAACGUCUGCGGGCUGCUGCAAGGAAUUGCAGGCCUCUUCCUUAUCCUGGGUUUGAUACUCUACCCUGCUGGCUGGGGCUGCCAGAAGGCCAUAGGCUACUGCGGACACUACGCGUCGGCCUACAAACCCGGAGACUGCUCGUUGGGCUGGGCCUUCUAUACCGCCAUCGGGGGCACGGUCCUCACUUUCAUCUGUGCCGUCUUCUCCGCACAAGCAGAAAUUGCCACCUCCAGUGACAAAGUACAAGAAGAAAUUGAAGAGGGGAAAAACCUUAUCUGCCUCCUUUAGUUUGGAAGAGACAUCAGUGCCAUUUUCUUGCUCGUGUAACCUUGUGAAACACUUCACUUCUGGUUCUGUCGUUUGAAUCAAGUGAAGAACUAGCCUUUACCUACCAAAGCCACGUUCCACAGCCCUGAGCCUUGCCAGGACCAAUGACAGGCGACACCCAGCUGCACAAAGUGACUGCACAGGAGGGCCACAGUGCAAACUGUUAAGAGAUGGAACAUGAAAAUAGUACAUAAACCCUGACAUGCAGUUAAGUUCUGUCAGACUCCAUCUCCCCCCAAGGCUCAAUGAAGGAUGAUGAUCUAAACCAUUAAAGCAGCAGUUUCUCUGGUAACAGAAGAGACCAUUGGCCAGAUUUGCAGGCUGUUUAGAGACGUUUCUGCACAGGUUGCAUGCCUGUGAGCAUCUCUGCCUCAGAGUGAGGUUUGGGGGUUGGUGCUUUUGUUUCCUCCUAGUUCUUUCAAACUGUCUCAGUUGGAGACUACAAUGAAGACUGCACACCCACCGGGGAGAGGAUGUGUGCUAAAGGGCCGAGCAAGACACUGUCUGUCUGUUGCUUAGCUGACCCGAGGGGUCAGCAGGGACAGUGUGGAAUUCUGUGGUGGGACUUAUUCUAGGCUGAAUUCCAGAGUCAGGUGGAUCAAUUGAUCUGUCACUCCAAGAGUUGAGUAAAGGAAGAAUAAGGACCUGUCCAAUCAUGAGAAUGAAAGUACAAAAUCCUGCUAGUGGAGACAAAUUCAUUCCACUCCCCAGCAGCCAGGCUAGCACCAGUACUGGCCUCGUCUCCUCUUCCACCGGAGAUCACGUGUUGUUCUUCUAGGGCUAGGACUGUGCUUUGACUGCCAAAGGAAACCUCACUCUGUUUCCUGAUUCCAGGGACAGAGGUCUCCGAGCCAGCUGUGGCUCAUUCAUCUGGUGACUGGGAGAGCUUACCAGAAUCUCAGCGCUUGCAGGGAGACCUUUUCCCACUGUGUGGUAACCAUGCUGUAUUCAGCUGUAUUCCCACCCCCAGUAGCAGCAGGAUGGCAUUCUGUGCAGAAAAAGGAGCUAGAGACGGGAGUUAAGUUCUUCUAGUUACUGGUGUUGGUCCUGAAAGCAGACUGAAAUAACAUUAAAUUGCUCUAACUGGUGAGUUGCAUCAAAGGCUUCAUUCUCAGGAAAGCACAGAGUAGACAGAAAGUUAAUGCAAAAUGAGAGCUAGACCAAGCUCAUAGCACCUGCCUAUACCUGUUUACAAAAUGAAUGAAACACCACUAUUAAAAAGGAUUCAGGGGCUUUUAAUCUAGUUUCUAUAAAUCACCAACAUAAUUGAUUCAGGAAAAUGAUAUUGGCCAUCACUUCAAACUUACUUUGGAAGGAUCAAAGUGACCAGAAAGAACCUAGUCUGGUAUUAUCCUGAGCUUCAGAAUUGCAGAAUGCGGUAGAAACACUUCUUUGCAACUUAAGCAAAUGGAGUGGACCUGCCAAAUUUCUGGAAGGAGUAAAAGGACAGGUCUCUUUAGGCUUAUGAAUCUGCUUACUUGAGGGCUUGCUUUGUUUUGAAAAUUUAACAAAUAACUAUGAACCUUGUUUGGGCAAGGUAUUGUGUGCUAAGCACCACCAGGCAUAGAACCCUGAUUCAGAUUUUACAACCCUGCCCUGAGUAAAUCAUCUUAAAGCUGCGUGAGUCUAAAACCCUGCCUUGCUGCAGAACAAGUAAUUGCUUUAGUUGUUCCAUUCCAGUUUAAUUCCAUUCUAGCCUUCGGCCUGUACCAGAAACCGUUUUCUCUCACAGAUAAUGAGCUAAAGGGCAGGAAGGCGGAGGCAUGGAACCAGGUCUUCAUGAGCUCACCAUUCUUAGACCAAAGUGCAGAGUAAUAAGCAAGAUGUACAUCUGUGACUUCAAGGGGUAAACAUGUAUCCUCAUAGCAGCCUGUCAUAAGAGCUCGGGACACAAGCGAUAACUGUCUGACGCCACACAGAAAUAAUAGGUUAUGGCAGCCACUGUGCAGGACUCCUGUCCCUUACUGUGCAGGACUCCUGUCCCUUACUGUGCAGGACUCCUGUCCCUUACUGUACAGGACUCCUGUCCCUUACUGUGCAUCUGUAUGCUCUAGCCAAGUCCUGAUGCCAUCACGGUCACUGAUUUUUAACCCUUGGCAAGAAUUUUCAUUUUAAAAAAAAAGCAAUUCCCUCCAUCAGGCAAAUAAUUUAAAACCCAAUUUUUUUUCUUAAAUUUAUCAUCACAAGAUUCACUCUACUUUUUCUUCUAUACGAGAUAGAUAGAGAACCCAUGUUAUAACACUAAUUUUACAGUCUCACUCUCCUCGCAGACAAGUCAUAAGCCUAGAGGAUCCUCUAAGCACGUCCAUCAUCUUUAUUGCCUGACUGCGCCUUCACUAAGGGGCGGUGGGGGGGGUGGGAUAUGCCUGGGUCACUCCGAUAACAGAAGUCAUGAGUGAAAAUGUGACCUCUCUUGGCCAGAAGAAAGUCACUUGACAGUGUUUACUUCAUUAGUCUGAAUGCUACAGAAGACCAAAAAAAAAAAACAGCACAUGCACACAAACAAAACCCCAAACCACUAAAAACUGCUUAAACACUGAUUUGUUAAGCAGAGCAGAGAUGAAAUUUCUCUAGCAGAGAAAGAGUAAAAAGGUAAUGUGGGCCUUUUAAACCUUUAGUCCAUUUAGCCAGGCUUCAGUUGGGAUAAAUGGAAUAUCAAAAUCAUGCUAGUCUAGACGAACACUGCAUGGCUGUUUAAAAACCACUGAAUAGGAGGAACGUGUUAGAAGGAAAGAGAUUAAAAAACAGACAAUCAUUGACCCGCACCUAUUUUUCUAAUAAACUUCUAUCAAUCAUGUAAUUGCCUCAGUCUAAAAAUCUAAUAUACCUGGACCAUUACUACUACCAGCAAGUCUUAUUUAUUUUUUGCCUGCGUUUGUGCUUAAAGUUUUGUGAUGGGGCUGGGCUUCUCAAUGAACUCCAAGAAGGCAGAAAUGUUUGCUUUGGGUUCUGUGGAUUUUUUUAAACCUGUGUGCUAAUUCAACAAUGUUACAUUAAUUGUGUAAGGGUUUUUGUAUAGUUAUCAAACAUCUGUGGUGUAAUGAUCUUUGUUAAACAUGUAUUCUGUAAAGUGCCAUAGUCUUUUUUAUGUGUAGCAUAUUUAAAAAAUAUAUAUGUAUAUUAUACAUACACAAGUCUGUGUGAAAGAUGUGCAAUAACAAAGGUGUAUGUAUGUUUCGUUUUUUGGAAACUGGACAGGAGUCAGAACAGAGAUUGUUUCUGUUUUGGCAAAGGCGAGUUAAACAUUUUGCCUUCAUGGCCUAGUCUUUAACCCAUAACAAUUUUAAUGCUACACAAACCUAUGUGAAGAAAAGACUGGUAUGAAAUCAUUUUUUCCUGGGUCUAAAUUAAAAUAAUCACUAGAUUUAUGUGAAAGUUAAGCCAGCAAGACAGGCCCAGUUAAUGCUAGUCUUUCAUGUGAAAUGUGAAGCUGCCACGUUGCCUUUUCUGUUUGUGUGAUAACUAGUAGCUGGUACAUAAUCACUAAGGAGCUAUUUCUUAACAUGCUUUGAUAGACCACGUUAAUGCUAGACCACUAUUUAAGGGCUAAUCUCACACCGUCUUAGCCAUAAGGGUCUGCUUAGAACAGACCUCUCUGUGCAAUAACAUGUGGCCACUGGAAAUCCCUGGCCUGCGUUUGUAUUUGGGCAGCAAUGACUCCCAAGGGCCAAAAGAAAUAAAAGCACGACUGGGAUUUCUUCUGAGACUGUGGUGAAACUCCUUCCAAGACUGGGGGGUCAUGAGGUGCUUUGGAGGAACUCAGCACCAUUUGAUAUUCAACAGCCACUUGAGCCAAAUAUAAAAUUGUAUUACCGCUGAUGGACUCAAUUUGAGCCUUUGAAUUUCUGGUUAUCCUAUUAUAUUGUAAACUAAUACAUUAUUUGUCUAGCAUUGAUUAGGUUCCUGUGCAUAUGUAUUUUCACAACAUGCUCCCCUACCCUCCCCAGAUAUGAAUUAAAACCAGAUUUUGCAAACUCA